GAUCAACGCAAGGAUAUUUUUGAAGAAAUUUGGUUAAUUAAUUGAAGAAUCUUCAGCGAGAGCCCAAAUAACCAGGAUGAAGUGGGAGAAGCUGAAGCCCCCGGAGCCCGACGACCCGAUGUGCUGUUGUGAAUGUGAUGUCUCCCAGUGCUGCGACUGUGAAGACUUGGACGAGGCUUUUAACAGCUGGCUGAAGAGCAGACACCUCAAAUGUGGUUUCCAGUCACCAGUUUUGCAAGCCAUUACAGAGAACUUGGAGAUCUCUAUGAUCCCGGCUCUGGUGCUGCUGCCUCUCCUCCUACGAAUUGCAGCUCUACACUUUCUUUUGGGUGUGACUGUCCUGACCAUUCUGCCCAUCCUUGUGCUCUGGUACUAUUACGCAACUCACCAAAAGAAGAGGCGCACCCUCUUCUUCCUCACGUUGGCACUAUACUCUCUGGCCUACAUGUAUUACCUGUUCAUCACAGAGAUUCUGCCUCGGGGGGAUGUCAGUCACAUUCAGCUCUGCACAGUCACCACUGGCAUGAUCCUGACCAUCGUCUCCCUCAUCAACACCAAAAGGGGCCCAGGAUUUGUCACCCCAGAUUUGUAUGACACACACAAACAUGACAAACAUGAAAGGAUAGAGGUUAAUGGAGAUGUAAAGACAACAAAAAAGUCCAAUAUAGGCCAGUGGGUCCAGUGUCCUGUGUGCAAAAUAAUGAGACCUCCACGAGCAGGGCACUGUCGAACCUGUGGGGCCUGUGUCCUACGCCUGGAUCAUCACUGCAUCUGGAUAAACAGCUGUGUGGGACAAGCCAACCACCGCAGUUUCCUGAUGACCCUGGGCCUGUUUCUGGUGACCUCAGUGUAUGGCAUGAGCCUGGUGCUGCACAGCAUCUGUCCAGGGCACUAUGUGCUGACUGCUGCCUUCUACUGUCCAGGAGUCUACGCACAAUUCAGUACAGCUCUGUGCUUCACCUGUGUGUGGUACAGUGGAAUCAUCACAGCUGGCCUUUUUUACCUGAUGGUGGUGCAGCUGCUGAACAUCAGUUUCAAUGUGACAGAGCGCGAGGCCCAGUUGGCCCUGAGGAGAGGCACAGGGCACUGGCGUCUGUGUGGACUGAUACUGGUCACUGGAGAACAUUCACACGGAUUCACUCACAACUGGCUCGAGUUUCUCACCAUGACACAUGGCUCCUCUCAGUCCACUCAAACAGACUUGGUCUAGUUUACAAAUGCAUCAUCUGAAAAGCAUGACAACACAAAAUAAUGAGCAGCUCAAAAGACAUAACAUGAAUAGUGGUUAUAACAAACACUGGUAUCCAAUGUUCAUAAUGUAAUUUUGCAUAAUUUUAAUAAUUUCAUACUUCUUGUGCACGCACACAAUUGUUUCAUGUAUUAAACUGCAAUACAAUAUU